UGCUCUCUGACCAUGAAACUGACCAUAUUUCUCUGCUACUUUGUGGUGCUUUCCCACACCCAGCCUCCACCCCUUCUUUCCCUGCCAGUUCAAAUCUCUGUCCUUCCCCCAUGGCACUCUGUCAUCGUUUCUGAGUCUGAGCUGAGCCACCUCUUUACCAACUCCAGCCCUUUCUCCUUUACACAGUCUCUGCUGCUUGUGCCUCCUGUGGGAACUGACUCUAAACCAGUCCUCCAUGCUACAUUUGGGUCUUACUCUGUGACUCAGCUAGUUUCUGAAGCUUUAGGUCUGACUUCUGUACCUCCUGCUGCAUAUCUGCUUUCCAAAUCAGUUGAACAAAAUUGGGGGCCUGAACAAGGAGAAUGUUUUACAGUCAGAGUGUUGUUUUACAUGAAAGGUGAUUUAAGCAGAAGAACAUGUGUGACCCUUCAUGCUUUUAAACAAACAGAGGAGCAGAAAGCAUCAUGUAUUCCCCAGCCUCCACUAGGGCUGUGUGUGGUCACCAUGAAUUUACCCAAAGACUGGUUUAAGCCUGAUGAGACUAUUCAUCUAAACCAGAGCCAAAAAGUCAGACAACGACAUCCACACAGACUACGAUCCCAUAACCGCAGUCCGUGGAGGACAAACUUCCCAGCAUCUCUUAGUUCUAAAUCUGGAGUCCUUAAUCAUAUGAUCCAGCUCUACUAUUCUUUCUUUGGCAGUGAAACAAACCGUAAGAUGUCACCUCCAAGAUGCUCUGCGGGGAAGCAGUCGCAGAGAAAUCUUUACUACAUUGGAUCAGUAGCUCUUCCGGAAAAAGAAACCAAAACUAACAAACCAGUGCAAGGUAUUUCUUGCUCCAGUAAACAUGAUCAGGAUGAGCUAUGGCUGAAUUCAGAUGUUCUAAUUUACUACAACAAGGGGCCCGUGCAAGCUGGAAAACAAGUUGAAGUCUCAAUAAAUCUAAGGGAGAAUUUUAGUGGAGACUUCCUCAUUGUGAAGCUUAAAGUGAAGAAAGGGUUACUGUCAGUACAAGCUCAUCCACAAAAAAACUCUCACCUCUGGGUUGUUAAAGUACAGAACACAUCAGGCCCCAAACAUGACACAAUUUCCAUAAUCUCUCACAGAUCUGGUACUGUAAUAGACGGAAGUGGCACCUCAGCUCUGCAACUGCUGGCCUGUCUCUCAUUUGAGGGUUUACAAAAAAGCUUUGGAGUCGCAAUGACAGUUCCAGUAAACUGGUGGGUGGAGGAAACCAUGAACAAGCGACUGGUUUCACCACAUGGAGCAGUAACGUCUUUUUUCUCCUUUUCGGACAGAGAGAUAGUGGGCAUUGCUUCCAUCGCUGAGAGCAACACCAUAAUGAACACAGCCAUCUUGACUAGCCAACCAGUUUUUGUCCCAAUUGUAGUACUGGCCAUUGGGCAUGAUGGUAACAUGAUGGUAACAAGCAUGAUGGAUAUUACUGCAUCAGUAAACUGUCAAUCAACCAAUGAAGACAUUGUGAAGGUAUCAAGUGACUGCUCAGCAGCUUAUGUUGAUGGAAGUGAAUCUGGGGUGGGCAGUACCUGUGUAAAGGUGGAGUUUUUUCUGGGCAAUCUUAGAGAUUCUUUAUGCCUGACUGUAUGGGCUCCAGUAGUUCCUCUUCAAAUCUCUCUCUCCGACACUGUACUGAGCCCCAUUAAGGGCUGGAGCUAUUACCAAGACAGCAGAUGCACUCCAGUUUAUCAAAGGGCAACCAUACAGAUCCUUGCACAAUUUGGUGCCAAGUCAGGCCAGGGACAGCUUACCUGCAUGCUUGGAUCAUGUGAUUGGUUUGUGGAUGUAACAGACCUGGUUCAUGAUUCCCUGAGGAUAGAAAACUCUCAGGUUGCAACUCUUCAUGAGAAGAAUUAUGUAAUUGGAUUAGAGCCUGGAGUAACUUCAUUAAAUUUGAUAUCUAGUCAAUGGGAUGGUGUACUUGGCACUGCUGAUGUCAUUGUGACUUCUGAAUCUGUGGCCCCUGCGGAAAUUUCUGUACAUUUAGUCGGUGGUCUUCGUCUGUCAGUCACCGCAAGUGCUUUAAAUCCUACUGUCAUCACAGCAACUGUGACUUCUCAUAACACACUUAAUAAUUAUGGACAAGAAGCUUCAUUUAGUGUUUGGCUACAGUUUGGUGAUGACACUACCGUUCUGCUCUCUGCGUUUAGUGAAAUCCCUUUCUCGCUAAAUCUAUCCUCACUAUCUGAGUCUGUGGUUGCUAUAACACCUGGUCCAUCACAGCGUGUCCUUGCGCAAGGAGAUGGUGGAGGGCCCCUGGUGAAAGCAGAGCUUCUGGUCUCCACCUGUAAGCAUGUGACUGCUCACAUUGAGAUGGAUGAGAACAAACAGGGAGGUGAAACUCGAACACUGGCCAAAGGAUCAGGGUGGAUAAGGGUAAACCUAGGCGAAGACCUCUGGCCUGUGGAAUGUGAAAACCCUAACCUUGAGGCAACUGAUGCAUCAGAUACUUUUGCAGAGUUAGACACGAAUGUGUAUCAUAACUUCGAACAGGAGCAUACAACCCUUAAGUCCACUAAGUAUGAUGACAAUACAAGCAGUGACAUGAUUGCCAGGCAUAACUCAGAGAGGACAGUGUUGACACCCCUUCACAAAGAAAAUGCAGUGGAUUUUUUUCCUGACGUAGGGAAUGGAGAAGAAAACAAUACAAACCAAAAGUUAAUAUUUGGAGUUGGAGCUGUCUUCUGUUUGCUGUGUCUCUCCUCACUUCUGUUCUUACUCAACAUCAUGCCAUGGGUGAUAAGGGAACUUGGGAAGAGAAAAAAUAAAGAAAUGCAGAAACGUAUGAAGAGAGAGACAUUCACUCAGGAAGAGGAGAAUGUCGAUAAGAAUCAGGAGAAGAUGAGAUAGUAAGGAGGGAUGAUGAGAGUCUUUCUGCACUUAGAACAGUUCUUUUUAUUUGUCUCAGAAAAGUAAAAGAUUUUAAAUUGUGAAGUAGAAUAAAGUGAGAUAUUGU